AUGACAAGGACAGGUGAAAAUGGGAAAGAUCGACGAAGGUCUCGCAGCAAAUCGGCUUCGCCUGACCGUAAGAAGAAACGGUCGGCGGGUCACGAUCGCAGCAAAUCGGGAAAUUCACGAUCAACGGCCAACAAUGGCAGCGUUGUGGUGGUACCAUCCGUUUCGUCCUCGAGCAGCAACAGCAGCAGUGGACGGCGUGAGCGUCACCGGGAGGACUACCGAGAUCGCGAACGGGAACUGUGGGAACGUGAGAAGGAGCGCGAAAAGGAACGAGAAAAACAACGUGAACAAGAGCGUGAACGAGAGCUGGAGAAGGAACGCGAAAGGGAAGCGGCCCGCAAGCGAGAACGGGAGAAGGAACGAGAAAAACUUCGGGAGCAGGCCACCAAGUAUGCACAGAGCGUCAGUAGCAGCGGAAAGCAGUCCAAGUUCGACCAGAUGCCGCCCGGCAUGAUGGCUCCUCCGCCCUUGCUGCCGCCCACGGUUGUGGUAGUGGAAAAGCUGGCAGACGAGAAGAAACCGUUGCUGAAAGUUGCUGAAAAACCUAAGGAGGAAGUGUACGAAAUUCCGGCGGCACCGAUGGAUAAGGAAGAAGAACAGCGGCGCCUGGAGCAGGAGAUGACGAAACGACGCGAACGGAUUGAGCGGUGGCGUGCGGAGCGGAACAAGAAGGAACAGGAAAUUAAGAAACCGCUUCCGGUCAUUGUUGCGCCGACCGGGCUUUCGGCGAAAAAGUGGAGCCUUGAGGACGACGAAGAAGAUGAAGAACUGGAGGAUGGAAAAGACAAGGCGGGAGAGAAUUUGGAGCCGGAGGAGGAAGAGAUCGAUCCUCUCGAUGCCUUCAUGAAGGAGGUCAACGAGGAGGUGCGCAAGGUGAACAAGCUGACGAAUCCGCUCCCUAAGUCGGACGGAAAAACGUCUGGAGGCAGUAGCGGUGGCGUGACGAUCAUCACCGGUGUGGCAAAGCAGAAAUCGGAAACCAAGAAGGGAGAACUUAUAGAGCAGAACCAGGACGGGCUGGAGUACUCGUCGGAGGAGGAGCAGGAAGAUAUCAAAGAUACAGCUGCGAACUUGGCAAACAAACAAAAGAAAGAGCUGGCCAAGAUCGAUCACUCCGGGAUCAACUAUUUGCCGUUCCGGAAGGCAUUCUACGUCGAGGUGCCGGAAAUUGCGCGCAUGACACAGACGGAAACCGAUUCGUACAAGAAGGAACUGGAGGGAAUCGCGGUCAAAGGCAAGGGAUGUCCGAAACCGAUCAAAACCUGGGCUCACUGUGGCGUUUCGCGGAAAGAAUAUGAAGUGCUGCGCAAGUUGGGCUUCGAGAAACCCACCCCGAUCCAGUGUCAAGCCAUUCCGGCCAUCAUGUCCGGGCGCGAUCUGAUCGGCAUCGCCAAAACGGGCAGCGGCAAAACGCUUGCCUUCAUCCUGCCCAUGUUCCGACACAUCCUCGAUCAGCCACCACUGGAGGAUGGCGAUGGUCCGAUCUCGAUCAUAAUGACACCAACACGCGAACUGUGCAUGCAGAUUGGUAAGGACAUUAAGAAGUUCUCGAAAUCGUUGAAUCUCCGCACGGUAUGCGUUUACGGAGGAACCGGCAUAUCCGAGCAGAUUGCUGAACUGAAACGUGGCGCAGAAAUCAUUGUGUGCACUCCGGGCCGCAUGAUCGAUAUGCUGGCGGCAAACUCGGGGCGCGUGACGAACUUGCGUCGUGUGACGUACAUUGUGCUGGACGAAGCCGACCGAAUGUUCGAUAUGGGCUUCGAACCACAGGUAAUGCGCAUCAUUGACAACAUUCGCCCCGACCGGCAGACGGUCAUGUUUAGCGCAACCUUUCCCCGCCAGAUGGAGGCCUUGGCAAGGCGUAUUUUGAAGAAACCGAUCGAGGUGCAGGUUGGCGGCCGGUCGGUCGUCUGUAAGGAAGUUGAACAGCAUGUAGUCGUGCUGGACGAUGAGGCCAAGUUUUUCAAGUUGCUCGAGUUGCUGGGCCUUUACCAGGAGCAGGGCAGCAUUAUCGUGUUCGUCGACAAGCAGGAGAACGCAGACAUUCUUCUGAAGGAUCUCAUGAAAGCGUCCUACUCGUGCAUGAGUCUGCAUGGAGGAAUCGAUCAAUACGAUCGCGAUUCGACGAUGAUCGAUUUUAAGCAGGGACGGGUGAAGCUGCUAAUCGCAACUUCCGUCGCAGCACGCGGAUUGGACGUGAAACAACUGAUACUGGUGGUGAACUACGAUUGCCCGAAUCACUACGAAGACUACGUUCACCGUUGCGGUAGAACGGGACGUGCCGGGAAUCGGGGAUUCGCGUGGACAUUCCUAACGCACGAGCAAGGCCGGUACGCGGGUGAUAUCGUUCGAGCCCUCGAACUAUCUGGUGGCACCGUACCGGACGAUCUGCGUCAGCUCUGGGACACGUACAAAUCGGCUCAAGAAGCCGAAGGCAAGAAAGUACACACAGGCGGCGGCUUCAGUGGCAAGGGUUUUAAAUUUGACGCACAGGAAGCAGCCGCAGUGAACGAGCGCAAAAAGAUGCAGAAAGCAGCCAUGGGACUGCAAGAUUCGGACGACGACGAAGACCUCGAGCAGGACAUUGAUCAACAGAUCGAAAGUAUGUUCGCUACGAAGCGCAUCGUGAAGGAGGUAGAAGCACCGAGCGCAGCAAACUCGGGCCGCGAUCAGCCCAACAAUCCGCCACCCAUGGCUUCGGCACCAGCGCCAGUGCCUACGGUGACGCACUCUGACAAGCUCGAGCUUGCUAAAAGGUUAGCGUCGAAGAUCAACCUCCAGAAGACACUCGGUGCCGAAUCGAAGGUUGCCACGCAGCAGGCGGCGGAAGCAAUACUGAAGGGUGCUAACACACAGCAACUGAUCACAGCGAAAACGGUGGCCGAGCAGUUAGCGGCCAAACUGAACAAUAAGCUCAAUUACCAGCCCAAGGACGAGGAAGAACCAGUGGCUGAAACAAACGAGCAAGUGUUCCGCAAGUACGAAGAGGAGCUGGAAAUUAACGACUUCCCGCAACAGGCCCGUUGGAAGGUUACGUCGAAGGAGGCUCUGGCGCAAAUUUCUGAAUACUCCGAAGCUGGUCUUACAGUGCGUGGUACGUACGUUCCACCUGGUAAAAAUCCGCCUGAUGGUGAACGCAAGCUCUAUCUUGCCAUCGAGAGUUGCAAUGAGCUGGCAGUGACGAAAGCAAAGCGAGAAAUUACGCGCCUUAUAAAGGAGGAGCUUCUCAAAUUGCAGGCAUCAUCUCACCAUGUCAUCAACAAGGCCCGCUACAAGGUGGUUUAAGCUAAAACGCACUCGACCCGGGCCGCAUUUGGCGGGUUUUAUGAAUUGUCUAAU